CAGAGUGUAAAAUUACAUUCUCCAUCCUGAAAUCAAAAGAGAAUCUCGUUCGACUCAGAAGGGUGGAGGGGUAGUUCGGUCAUAAAAAAUGGAGGAAAGUUCGAUGAAGCCUGGAGACUGGCUCCUGCUUAAAGUUCACGAGGAAAGUUCGAUGCGGCCUGGAGAGUGGCUCCUUGCUUAAAGUUCACUUCAGGAUCUAACUCAUCAAACUCCUGCCCUAGCUUCGUUCUUCACAUCUCCCGUUUCUGAGAAAUCGUAAAACCAAGAACCCUCAAUUAAAAAAACCCAUUUCUCCUCCCCCUUUUUUUUUUUCGUUGAUUUCGGUCCUUUUUCUCCUAUUUCGAUCGAAAGAAAAAUCAGACAAGGGAUCGUCUCUCUCUCUCUCUCUCUCUCUCUCUCUUCCUGAAGUAGAGGGCAAAUUUUAGGUAUGAGUAGCGGGGAUCUUCUCAACAUCCAUCCUACAGAGCUCAAAUUCCCUUUUGAAUUGAAGAAGCAAAGCACAUGUUCUCUGCAAUUGACCAACAAGACAGAUCAGUAUGUGGCUUUUAAGGUUAAAACAACCAAUCCAAAGAAAUACUGCGUGCGUCCUAACACAGGCAUUGUUUUGCCUGGGACGACAUGCAACAUUACAGUUACAAUGCAAGCCCAAAAAGAAGCUCCGCCUGAUAUGCAAUGCAAAGACAAGUUCCUCCUUCAGAGUGUCAUUGCGAGUCAUGGUGCAACCACAAAGGACAUAACUUCAGAAAUGUUCAAUAAAGAAGCUGGAAAGGUUGUUGAGGAGUUCAAAUUGAGGGUGGUUUACAUUCUUGCUAACCCCCCAUCACCAGUCCCUGAAGGAUCAGAAGAAGGAUCUUCUCCCCGGGCUUCUCUGCUGGACAAUGGAAAUUCAAAUGCUUCCUUGUUUGAUACUGUAUCAAGACCUUAUGAAGAACAUAAAGAGAAGUCUGCGGAGGCAUUGUCUCUGAUUUCCAAGUUAACAGAGGAGAAAACCUUGGCCAUUGAACGAAGUCAGAAACUCCAUCAAGAACUGGAGCUGCUAAGAAGAGAAGUCAGUAAAAGCCGCAGCAGCGGCUUCUCCUUUAUUCUUGUUGUGCUGAUUGGUCUCCUGGGCAUCUUGGUCGGGUACUUCAUAAAGAAUACAUGAGGAAGAUGAGUGCUUGCAAUCAGUAAGUUGGUCAGCCAUUCAAUCUGUGCUGUUGUUUGUUGUUUCCGGUAGCAUUGAACUCAACUUAAAGGAACCUCUUCUUGUAACAGUGUAAAAAAAUGAUAAUAUUUCGUUCUCUAUGUGCAUUUUAAU